CUAUAUUGCUGUCUUUGCACAACAGACUGUUAAGAUCAAUGUGUGCUACUGGAAAGAGAAGACUCCUGGGACUUAUGGUGUGAAGCAGCAUUUUCCAUGCUUUGUGGUCACUGGGAGUUUGGAGAGCAAAGAACACAUUUAUGGCCUCCCGUCGAAUGAAUACCCAGACUUGGUGAAGAUAUGCUACCACAUAGGCAGCAAGACUGACCCGGAUUACAGAGACUUGCAGACGGACACGUCUGACAUCGAUAUCCUGAAGCGAUACGUUUCCAGAUGCAUACCCGGCCUGGUUCCUGAGCCUGCUGUGGUGGAGAGCUGCAUGUAUACACUAACACCUGAUCGCCACUUUGUGUUGGAUUACCAUCCGAACUACAGCAACAUCGUCAUUGGAGCAGGAUUCUCAGGUCAUGGCUUCAAGUUCGGCCCAGUCAUUGGUAAGCUCCUGUGUGAGCUCAGCCUGGGAGAAGUGCCCUCCUUUGACCUUUCAUCUUUCAAAAUCAGGCGUUUCCAGUCACACAUGAAAUCAGCUUUGUAGGAUCGGGUCUGGAUUCAUGAAGCCUUCCUCCAACUCUUUCAUUCAGUUUACAUGAUGUCACCAGUUUUAGAGCUCCUAAAGACAAGGUGUGUUUAACAGCCAGCCAUUUACACUACAUGAAUUUCUCAUUUACUUUGCUUACUUUAUAGUGACUUCACCAUCUAAAGUUUAAACCUUAGUAACCACCUGAAGAGGAUCUUAUUACAAAGCAAAAACACUUUGAGUCAAAUAAUUUCACAAGUGAAGUUGUUUUUCUCUUCCUAUCACUUUUAAAUUUUGACAUUCAGACCUUUCCAUUUUUAGUCUGACUUGAUAUACGAGAAUAAAAUUGUAUCUGAAUGAAACUUCUUCCAACAGUAACUGUUGAUGUAGAUCCUCAGUAAUUUCAUGUGUGUCAACAGAAAGAUUUUCUUAUUUUACUUUUUACAUGCAAGACAUACCAGCUGUUCUCAGAGCUUCCUCUUGGUAACAAGCUGCUGGAGCUUUCCUUUUCUCCCAGGAGACAUUCUCCUGAGUUACCAUUCAUUAUUUUUAUGUGUGAAAAUAAUCAAUGAGGAAGACUCUUUAGAAAGCUGACAGCAAUAACUCGCUGAGUCAGAAAAAGCGCUUCAAGUCAAUAACUAGAAUUUAUUUACAAUAUUGCAAAGAUAAAAUUAACAAGUGGUCAGUUUUUCAGUGAAGAAAAGAAACGAGAGUUUUCCAAAGCUAAAAUGAAUCAUACAUGUUUUGUAUAUAAAUACAGUGAAUAAGGGGUUAGCCAAAAAAAAAAAAAAGAGGUGCAUGUCAGUAAAAAUACGUUCACUUUUGUGUCGAUAUCAGAUAUAUUAAGAAAGCUUCCAAAAAUCACAUAUUGUAAAAUUCCACCCAAAUCUCUCAGACAGACGACAUGGACUCGCCUUUGACCGGACCCAAAACGACUCUCACACUGAAACUCAUUACCACACGUCAAGUAACUGAACACAUGUUCAGGUUUCAGAAUAGAUUUUCUUGUUGCUCAAAUUAAAAUGAGCAAAAUGUGACAUAGUAAAGCAACUCCACCAAACGGCUUAAACAUGAUUUUGGUUCCACAGACUGUGGGUUAGUUAGGAAUGAUGGAGACGUGUGGAUCGUCGACGCCAGAACCAAUAAAAGAUCCAAACAUGAUGCUUGGAGUGGGAGCAGCGGGUCUGCCUCCUGGUCACAGAGAGGUUGAUCAGGCCGCUCUGCCUCAGCCUCCCACUCCGGCUCUGUACACUAAAUAUUUUCCAGUGUCUCAUUAAUCCUUUCAAUCAUUUACAUGCCGUUACCUUAUUACACAUUUACACCAUUUCAAUAUACAACUCUGACUCAGUCAUGUUGCCGAGUCAGCAGAAAGAUGACAUCAAUAAGUUUUGUUUUUUCUUUGUAUUUUUUAACUUAAAUUAAGUAGUUUAUAGGCAGUUUUAAAAACAUCAGUAUGAAAGCAGUAAAGCAGAUGCAGUAAUGUGUGAUUCAUUCACGCACGCACGCACACACAGCAGAAAUGUGAAGCUAAAAUGAUGUCAGAAUCAGGAAGUACCAUCUGGAACUGGUCAUGUGAUCAAGUAGUGGUUACUGUGAUGGGAAGGGGUUCUCUGUUUGUGCAGAUCAGUGCUUCCAGCAUAUGAAUGAGGCUGUCGCAGGGCUGUCUGUGUUUUAAGAACCUUUUCUGGUUACUAGUUAGGAGUGAUGCACUAAACUCAAAGGGUUGUUCAGCUCAUUUAAACACACUGGAACAUAAAACAGGGUCUUACUGGGGAUUUUUAUGUUGAUGAUCUAAUUCCUGAAUUAGUCCACUUUACUGAGUAAAUUAUAAAUGUGUUGGAGUGGGAUUUCACUUGAACAAUUCAGGAAGUUAAACAGUUUGAGUAACACUAUCAUGCUAAGUGGUUGGUAGCACAUGCACACUGCCAGACUACUGCUGCACCCACAUGGUGACAGGUUGCCAUAGAGCUUAAGUAGCUGCCCUGGCAACGACAAGCUGUUCCAUGGCUGUGUGUGGAGGUGAAGGUGUUCAUGUGAAGAAGCACCAGAGGAAAACCAGACAUGGCCUUGUUCUUGCUGCAGAUAAUGAGCAUUUCAUGGUGUCCCACCCAGACUGAACUCCAUCAAUUCUUUGUUUAAAAAAACAAAAAAAA